GGCAGAUUGAGAAUGGGGGACUGGAAUUUCCUGGGAGGAAUCCUAGAGGAGCUUCAUAUCCACUCCACCAUGGUGGGGAAGAUCUGGCUCACGGUUCUCUUCAUCUUCCGCAUGCUUGUGCUUGGAGUGGCGGCAGAGGACGUGUGGAACGAUGAGCAGGUUGACUUUAUCUGCAACACGCAGCAGCCUGGCUGCAGAAACGUCUGCUACGAUUGCGCCUUCCCCAUCUCCCUCAUCCGCUACUGGGUGCUGCAGGUGAUCUUCGUCUCCUCACCCUCGUUAGUGUACAUGGGACAUGCAAUCUACCGUCUCCGUGCACUGGAGAAGCAGCGGCAUUGCAGGAAAGCGGCGCUGCGACGCGAGCUUGAGACGCUGGAGUCAGAUCCGAUGGAGGUUCGGCGACGUGUGGAGAAGGAACUGAGGCAGCUAGAGCAGGGGAAAUUGAACAAAGCACCACUGAGGGGCUCGUUACUGCGCACUUACAUCGCUCACAUUGUGACCAGAUCAUCAGUGGAGGUCAGCUUCAUGCUGGGGCAGCACCUGCUCUAUGGAAACCAUCUUGAACCCCUGUACAAGUGCGAUCAGGAGCCAUGCCCAAACUCGGUGGACUGUUUCGUGUCACGUCCAACAGAAAAAAGCAUGUUCAUGGUGUUUAUGCAGGCAAUCGCAGCUGUUUCACUGUUUCUCAGCUUGCUGGAAAUAAUACACUUGGGAAUCAAGAAGGUAAAAAGAGGAAUUGUGGAUUAUUACACUCAUGUUAAGGACGAUCUGGAUGAUUACUGUGAAAGCAAACCGAAAAAAACCUCUGUACAGCCAGCGUAUGUGAGCCAGGGACGCAAGGCCACCAUCGCCACAGCCCCGCCCGGCGGAUACACACUCCUGCCGGAGAAAAAACAAGCGAAUGGUCCCUCACUCAUUGCUAACUCAUCUGCUUUACUUCACUGUGGGACCAAAAGAGGUUCGGAGGGGCAGAACGAGGGCAAAGACACCAUUCCAAGUCCAACUGAGCAGACGAGCAGCUGCACCCACUCUCAACUAGUGACUGGGUCCCCUACAUACCCAACACUUCCUACCACUUCCUGUCCCACUUCCUGUCCCAGUAGUGCAGGCUGGAAACUACAGCAUGUCAGCAGCACUGGUAUGGAAGGAAAGGAAGAAAAGGUAAAAAACGGUUCUACAGGAACACAGCAGUAUGUUUUCACGGAAAAAUACUACAAAUCCACGUCCAAGUCAGAGUGUGACAUAAGCGCUGAUUCAUGCCGAAGCCCCGCCCUCUCAGCAAAACAUCGCACCUCACUGGCCAGCAUCCGUAGAGCCACAGACCUACAGAUCUGA